UCUCCAAAAUUAUAUAUUUUGUUGAUGAGGUGGCCGCGACAUGCUGUAGAAGUUUUCACGAAAAAAUAGGAAAUUAGUAAAGAAAUUUAAAUAAAUUCCAUCAUGGCUGCUUCAAAGGUUACAUUCAAAAUUACCCUCACGUCUGACCCCAAGCUCCCCUACAAAGUAUUGAGCGUCCCGGAGGCAACUCCCUUCACGGCUGUGCUGAAAUUCGCAGCUGAGGAGUUCAAAGUGCCCCCAGCAACGAGCGCCAUCAUCACUGACGACGGUAUUGGCAUCAGCCCUGCUCAGACUGCUGGAAAUGUUUUCCUCAAGCACGGCUCGGAGCUUCGACUGAUUCCCAGAGAUCGUGUGGGCAGGAGAAAACCUUAAGGAACUAAUCUUUCUAUUUCUGUGUUUAUUUUCUAUGCGGUCGGUAUUGUUUUGCAAUAAAAUUCGCUUCUAAAAUCCA